CAGCAAGUCGGCCCAAGCGGCUGCACAUCGACGUGCCGACGUCUCGUGCCUGUGUCAUCUCUUGACUCUUGUCCGUCCUAGCUUCUCCAACUCCAAAGGACGCAAACCAAAACGCACAGGUUGCCUAAUCCAAACCGGCCGUCGCUCGACGCUCGUCCCGCUUCCUGAUCCUCACCCCUGCCUGCGCGGCUCGGCUCCUCGGCUUUCCGCGUUCGCUACGGUCGGUUUGUGCCAGCAGCCGUGCCGGAUCGUUGGCCUUGCGCGGUUACACCGUGCUCCAGGCAAUGGCGAGCCAACAGCAAGCAAAAGGCACAAUCCUGUGGGGUAUUUUGAUUUCCGAAUCGGAGCAGGUGUCCUUUAAACAAGGAGUUACUUGUUUGCUAUUUUUCUAAAUUUGCAGCCAAUCAACACUCACUAGGACUCUAGAAGCCAGGGCAUUGAUUCAGAGAACUCUGAGACCAUUUUUGUUGCAUCUUUGACAGGAUUACAUGAUGAGUGCUCUUGUUUUUCCUCUGGUUGUAUAUGUUAUCCAGUGAACACAUGUUUAAUUUUAUAAUCAUUUCAGUUUUUAUCAUGUUUAAAUCUAUUAUUUUCUAGCUUUCGCAGUUUCUAAAAAGUGUGGUCCAGUGUCUGUACUUUUAUGCUGUUUAGGUUUUCGCGGCCACUGCCUCCUCCCAUCGUGGUACUCAUUCCUUCCGGACUGUCAGAGAGCGGGGAUCUAUCUACGCUAGUAUUCAGUUCUUCCAUUACUGGGGUACGGUGCUCAUGUGCACAUUUUAAAUCUGGUGGAUCCAUCUUGUAUUCAACGACACCAGCAAUUUUACGAAGAACCCCUCCCACCAGGGGAAGAAGGUGGAAGGGGUUCUUCACAAAAUUGAUGCUGCUGUUAGAUGUGAAAUGAAUGCACCAGAUUUAAAAUGUGCACAUGAGCACCGUACCCCUUUGAGCACCAGAUACGUUCCCAAUCCCUAAAGCAUUUCGUCAGGUCUACCACACGAUGGUUCCCUGUCAUGGAGCGGCUACUGCGAAUCCUCAGCAGUUUGGUGUUAUUGCCGCAAACCGCUAUGGUUCUCCUGUGAAGCCAUCUUUAUGCCCUAGUGUUGCGUUUCUGAGACUGCAGGGUUCCGCAUUUCUUCUUGGGAAUAAAUCCUUGGCUUUGAGAGCUGGUGUGGAUUCUCACCGUUAUGCUACAUCUUCAGCAUUUGCAAAGUAUAAUCCUGUCAAGAACAUCAAGCCACUACUGUCAUCCCCAAAGUUGAAACCAAGAACUAAAGUUGGUUGCCAAGCAUCCUUGUCGUCAUUCAGCUACCCUGAGUUAUCUUUCAAACCGAAAUGGUGGUGGAGGACCCUAGCAUGUGUACCUUAUCUUCUGCCACUGCACAACAUGUGGGGGCAUGCAGAUGCUAUCUAUCAGCUUCAUCCAUACUUGCAAAGAUUUAGCCUGCCUUACGCUUUCAUCGAUACAAUGGCUCUGCUCCCUGGGUGGCUUUUCCUGGCGAUCUUCAUGACUAUAUACUUCUUUGUUGUGAGGCGGAAGUGGUCGCCACACUUCUUGCGCUUCCACAUCAUAUUGGCUAUCCUGCUUGACACGGGCUCACAAGCUCUGGCCACUGCCUGCAACUGGAACCCAAGCAUUGCUUUUCAGGGCAAACAAAUGGCACAUUUCUGGAUGGCAAUGGCCUUCAUUCAAAUCUUCACGGUUGCCGAGUGUGUAAGGUGUGCACUUUCAGGGGUGUAUGCAAAUGUUCCAUUUAUAUCUCAUGCAGCACUCAUCCAUUCAGAUCUUAACCUGUUUAGGUAGUUGAUCAUUGCAAAGUGCAUUUUUGGAAUUAAGAGGUACUGAAUUGGUUAAACUGUCGAGUAGAGGACUAAUCAGACUAUCAGAGAGGAAAUUAAUGUAACCAUUGCUCUUCACUGCAUUGUUGCCAGUACUGUUGAUUUCAUGUCUCUGAAUUUAAGCUUGAGUGGCACCAGGCUUUGUGCUUUCUUCUUUCCCCACCCUCUUUAGCGGCACAAACGUUGAGAACUUAUUUAUAUGGAUAAAUAUUUAUCGAUUUAA